GUGAAAACAAUUUUCUUUCUCCUUCAGCACAAGAUGAUGGAAAGGACUCUGCAAUACUAUGUAAACCUGUGAAUCUAAGGUGAAAGCAACAUCAAUGGGAUGGAUUCCACAAGCAUGAAGUCUCCAUAUUACCUGAUGCCGUUCUACCAAGACUACCAUAAUAACAACAUAAUUUCCUUGCACUAUAACUACACAGGCAAGCUCCAUGCCAGUAAAUACAAAGGCAGCCUCAAGGCUGAUGCCAUCCUCUUUCUUGUUGUGUGUACGUUCAUUGUGCUGGAGAACCUAAUGGUCUUGCUGGCUAUCUGGAGGAACAAGAAAUUCCACUCACCCAUGUACUAUCUGAUUGGAAAUUUGACACUGUCAGACUUGCUUGCUGGAGUGGCUUACACUGCCAAUAUCAUCAUGUCGGGGCCCAACACUCUCAAACUGACUCCCGUGCAGUGGUUCUUACGGGAAGGUGGGGUCUUUGUCACACUGGCGGCAUCUGUCCUCAGCCUCCUUGCAAUUGCCAUUGAGCGGCACAUCACUAUGGUCCGCAUGAGACUGUACCAUAGGGACAAGAAAGGACGGAUGUUCUUGUUAGUGGGGGCCAGCUGGAUGGCUUCUGUCUUGCUUGGAGUGCUGCCAAUUUUGGGUUGGAACUGCAUUGAAAAACUUCCUGAAUGUUCUACUGUGUUGCCCCUCUAUACCAAGCAUUAUGUCCUCUUUUGUAUCACUGUUUUCUUGGCUAUCCUGGUCUCUAUUGUAGUGCUUUAUGCCCGCAUCUAUCACAUGGUCAAAUUCAAUGGGCAGCGUCUGGGGAGUCUUCACAAGGGUAUGCUUAAGAAGUCCCAGAAGUACAUGGCCCUGUUGAAGACAGUAACUAUUGUGGUGGGCACUUUUAUUGCUUGCUGGUUACCUCUCUUCCUCCUCCUAUUGCUUGAUGUUGCAUGCCAGGCCCAGGCCUGCAGUGUAUUGUACAAGGCAGACUAUUUCUUGGGCUUAGCUAUGAUUAAUUCUCUCCUUAAUCCCAUCAUUUAUACCUUGACCAGUAAGGAUAUGAGACGGGCCAUCUUCAAAUUGCUCUGCUGCCUUCUGGUGAUUACACCAGCUGCACAAGAGAGACAAACCAAACGCUUUGGUCUCCCUAUCUUGGAAGGCAGCACUAGCAAAUCAGACCGUUCAUCACACCAUCAGGAUGGCCCUAAAACCAGCCUGUCAAUUGGGAAUGCCACCCCCACAGCCAUCAAGGCAUUAGUGUUGAAAGCUGUCCAUUGAAUUCUUUUAUGCCCUAGGCAUCAACACAAGGAUACAGGCAGGGAAAAGAGAUUCCUGGAAAUAUACUCUCCAUCUGAACUUGGACUUUUAGCCAUGAAGGAGCUGUGUUUGAUCUUGAAGGAGGUGGUGGAGAAACUGAAGAAAAGUUGAGAAGUACAGGGACAUGGAACGUAUCUAGAUAGUACCUAUCUGGCUGUUACUCAGGGAAAUACUUGGAAGUUUUCACAGCUAGGCCAGGCAGUCUGAAUGGAUAGAACUGUUAUAGGACUUAGGGAGGUAAUAUUGUCCUACUCCUUUCCACUGUGGCCAUGAAUGGGUUCCCUUAAGACCAGGUUCUUACUCAACUAGUUCCUUCUGCUUCUGACUCCAGGAAUACAAAUGUGGAGCACAUGAAGCACAGAACUCAUACUGGGACUAUGCCCACAUCUAGCAUUACUAACACUAGUAGGCUGGAGGGGGAUCAACAGGAGACAUGAAUGAGCCUCAGAACCUGCCUCCUUGGCAAAGUUCAGCUCUAUUUUAGCUUCUGAGGUCUCUUUUGCAUCUUCUGUGCCAGGAACUAUACCUUUCAUGUAGAGUCUUUAUAGGUUAAAAAGUGGUUUAAGUAUGGUUCUUAUCCAUUAUAGCAAUUUAAAGAGCUAACCUUAGACUGAACUGGAUCAAGCCACCACAAAUAUUUGUCCACCUGUCCAGUUCCUAGUUCAGUAUGCAUAGUUGCCCAUACAAAUACAUAUACCCUUUAAAGUAAAUUUUUAUACCCAAAUGGUUUCAUUUGAAAUAAAAAAGGCAUGAGUCAUAAGUAGCUGCAAAAGGCUGUAAGUUAUCCUAUUGAUUGUCCUGUGGCUUUCCGGUGGUAGGACUUGGUGCUAAGUUUGAGUCUUCCAUCUAGCCAAACAGCAAGCAGCCAGAAAGUAAAAGAGAGGUAGGAGGCUCAUCAACUCAGCUGGUUUAGUGCUAUAUUAAAAUACCUCACUUACUCUUUGCUGAGGGCAUGUCCUCACAGCAGGGCAUGCCUUCCAUCUCAUACAUAGCCCGUUAUUGAGACAAGCUGAAGCUGGUCCAGCAUGUUUCAGCAUGAAAGUAAUGUUUUCUCUGACCUGACAAUCCAUGGUACAUGGAGGAGGCGGGCAAGAGGUGAAGCAGUUAAAAUUGACACAGCAGAUCUGCUGUGUGAUGGCCCUCUGCAGUUCUGCCUUGGCUGCAGAAGAAACCAAAACCCGACUUUGAUAGCCACUUCCCUUUCUUUUUCAAUCAUGUUGAUUAUCAUCCUAGAGAGUGUAAAGCCCAGAAACUGACUCCUUCAACCCAGGUUUAAGGCAAGUGCAAUUGAAAGGACUUUGCUUUUGUCAUUCUGUAGCAUGUGCACUGGUCAACUCUCUUCCUAGUAACCUCUGUUCUCAGAGAAGCCCUGACCCCUCAGUUCCUCUCCUCGUGGGAUGGUCUUCUAAAAGGGUCACUCCAUCACAAAGGUAAUUUGGUAAAGAUGGAUAGCUUUAACAUACAGCUAUAUAUUUUUCCUUCCCUACUCUUUUAUGUCAGAGCUAUGUGUAUUUGUGAGCUGA